AUGGCGAAAGAAAACCAUCUCGAAUUGCGGGCUCUUAUUGAUGAAUGCACCAGACACGUCGAAGGACUUAAGUUCCUGGACCAGGAGUUCACUGGAGUUUCGGAGUUGAUUUUGAUCCAUCUAUUGACAUCCGCCUUAGAUAAGGACACCCGCCGACGCUGGGAAGGCACAAUAAAACAUGGAAGCUUGCCAAGUUAUACUGAAACGUUGAAAUUUCUGAAAGAGCAAUGUUUUAUCUUAGAACGUUGCGAAAAUUCUUCGAUUAAGGGCAACCAGCAACAUUCGAGUUCAUCUUCAAACAAAUUCACCAUAACCAAAGCCAACUCAGCAGUCAUCAUGAACAAACCAGCGGUAUUGUGUGAAUUCUGCGACAAGGAUCACCCUAACUUUUCUUGCCUGGAGUUCAGAAAUCUGUCAAUCCAAGAGCGUUGGGCUAAGGUAAAGGAGGAACAGAUGUGUUUCAACUGUCUACGCCGAGGACAUCUUAGCAAGGGCUGCCCUUCGAAUAAAACAUGCUCCAAGUGCCGAAAUCGCCACCACAGUCUUUUGCAUUUCCAAGAAGGAACCACAUCCAUCGAAACCAAAACUCUCCCGAUGCCGAAUUCUACUCAACCGUCAAUUCAGCCUCAUAAGCAAAUGCGCAGGGAGGAACUGGAGGAACAUACGCUUACCACCGCUGCGUGUGCCAGUCAUCAAUCAAACCCACCUCAAGUACUUCUUCUCACUGCAAUCGUGGAUGUUCUGGAUGAAAAUAAUAAGCUCCGUCCCUGUCGUGUUCUUCUAGACAGUGGCUCUCAAGUUAACUUGAUGAGUGAAGCAAUGGCUACAGAGUUGAGAGUAAAGAAGCGUCCUUCAAACGUCACAGUUGCUGGAAUCAACGGAAUCCAAACCAGUUCUUCAAACGUCGUCUUAGUUGAACUCCGUUCUCGGUACACCGACUUUCGUGCCAACAUCCAUUGUUUGAUAACGAGCCGAGUUACUGCUAAUAUUCCCUCGACGGACAUUGAUAUGAAGUCAUUCGAACUUCCUCGUGGGGUGGAAUUGGCAGACCCAUACUUCCACAAAUCCAAGAAGAUCGACAUGUUGCUUGGUAACCAGUGGUUCAUGAAAUUACUGAUGCCUGGAGCUAUUUCUGUUGCAGACAAUCUUCCACUAUUUCGGGAGACCCAACUUGGUUGGGUUGUGGGUGGAGAAUAUGACUCUGGUUAUUCUCCUGCCGUUGUACAGACGAAUACCAUCACCUUAGAACAACUGAAUGAAUCUGUAAAGAAGUUUUGGGCAGUAGAGGAGAUCCCAGAUAACGAACACGUAUUGGCUGAAGAUGAAGAAUGUGAAAAACAUUUUCUUUCCACCCACCAACGGGAUGUAUCGGGGCGUUAUGUAGUUGAGCUCCCUCUUCGAGACUGCAUUGGAGACCUUGGCGAUUCUCGUUCCUUGGCUCGCAAAAGGUUUUUUGCUCUAGAACGACGACUUGCUACACAACCCGUGUUGAAGAAGCAAUAUUCCGAUUUCAUGGAAGAGUAUGAAUCGUUGGGACAUUGCAAACAAGUGCGCGAAGAAGACGAUCCUCCAAAUCUCCUCAAAUGGUACCUACCACAUCACGCGGUACUCCGUCCGUCAAAUAGUACAACCAAGUGUCGCGUGGUGUUUGAUGCUUCUGCCAAGGUGAAUGGACUAUCCCUAAACGACGUCCUUAAGGUUGGCUCCAUCCCGCAAAGUGAUUUACAAUCGAUUGUGCUGCGAUUCCGUGAACCUCGCUAUGUCUUGAGUGCCGACAUAGCCAAAAUGUACCGACAAAUAAGAGUUGACAGUGCCCAUACCCCGCUCCAACGUGUGUUUUGGAGAAAGGACUCUUCCAAGCCUCUUCGAGUCCUUGAGCUAACGACGGUAACCUAUGGUACUGCUGCUGCCCCCUUUUUGGCCACCCGUGCGCUAAAACAGCUGGCCAUUGAUGAAGCCGAUCAUUUUCCGCUGGCAACCGAGGUGGUGCUCAAAAACUGUUAUGUUGAUAAUUUGCUCUUCGGUUUCAACGACAUUGAACAGGCUUCCGAAGCCCAGUUCCAGCUGAUACAAAUGCUUAAUUCCGGAGGAAUGCCACUCCAUAAAUGGGCUUCAAAUAGUUCGGAUUUGCUUCGAAAUGUUCCCGAGGAAGACAGAGAAGUGAUGGUAAAAAUAGAAGAAUUCGGCCCGAAUGAAGUAAUUAAAACCUUGGGCCUUAUGUGGGACCCUCAGGAAGAUGAACUGUUGUUUGUGCCCCUUCCAUCAUCCGAGCUUUCUGUUCCCACCAAACGCGAAGUGUUAUCUCUUAUAGCUCGGAUCUUUGAUCCGCUUGGCCUGGUCGCACCUGUAGUUGUUCUGGGAAAACUAUUAAUGCAGGGCGUUUGGAACGAAAAGAUCGAUUGGGAUGAAAAGAUAACGACAGAGUUAGUGCCACAAUGGGAACAAUUUUGCGAAGCUAUAAACAGUGUUGGAAUGCUACGGAUCCCUCGUCAAGUCGUGGCUCCUAUGGCAAUUCGUUUCGAAAUUCAUGGGUUUGCUGAUGCAUCUCUGUUCGCAUAUGGAGCCUGUGUAUACAUUCGAUCAAUCAUUCAUGGAAAUACCGCUAUCACUAGACUACUUAUGGCCAAAUCUCGAGUGGUUCCAAAAACAGUGUUGACGAUUCCAAGGAAGGAAUUGCUUGCUGCCCUUCUUUUACACCGCCUUGUUAAGAAAAUUCAUGAUGCCAUCCAACUGCCAAUCAAGGAAACGGUUUUAUGGAGCGACAGUCAAAUAGUGCUUGCUUGGCUUAACAAAAACCCGAAUCAACUAGAUGUGUUUGUUCGAAACCGCGUACUAGAAAUUGUCACCACGAGAGAUGAAUUUAAGUGGCAGUAUGUGAGUACAAAUGAGAAUCCAGCAGACAUUGUGUCUCGUGGUUUGUGUUCAACUCAAUUAGCAAAGAGUGAGCUAUGGUGGAAAGGCCCAAGGUUUCUAAGUGAAGAACCCUACGAGAGAAAUGUACCAAAACCUCUACCUGAUGAUCAAAUACCGGAGCUUAAAAUGGACGUUGUAGUUUCUCCAGUAGUACAAUUUGACGAAAUACCACUACUUAAGAAAUUCGAAUCAUUUCGUAGAUUACAACGCAUAAUAGCUUACAUGUUACGGUUUUUUAAAAAUUCCAAGGAGAAGUUGAAGAGCGAACGAUCAUUUGCGCAGUAUCCGACGAUCAGCGAAAUGCGAGACGCAUUGAUAACAAUAGUGAGAAUGAUCCAACGAGAAUCUUUUGCUACUGAAAUCACCAUGAUAGAAUCUGGAGAAGUACCCAAAAACCUGAAAACUCUAAGUCCAUUCCUGGAAAAUGGGAUCUUGAGAGUAGGAGGACGUCUUAAGCACUCGUCAUUGCCGCAUAACACAAAACAUCAGUUGCUUCUUCCGAACAAGCAUCCAGUGGUAAAAUCGUUGGUCGUUGCUCUUCAUCGUGAGAAUCUACACGCAGGUCCGUCUGCCCUAAUGGCCAUCAUCCGUCGUGAAUUCUGGAUUUUGAGUGGUCGAUCACUUAUCCGUAAGGUUACACGGGAGUGUGUUUCUUGUUACAAAUUUAACCCUAAGGUGUUUGAGCAGUUCAUGGGCAGUCUACCUCAAGGACGAUGUGAAAUGUCCCCAGCGUUUUCGAAGGUUGGUGUAGAUUUCGCCGGCCCCAUUCUACUAAGACAAGGAUUUCGGAAAGCAUCACCGGUGAAAGGGUACAUUUGUGUCUUUGUUUGCCUCGUUACGAAGGCGAUUCAUCUUGAGGCAGUUGAAAAUCUCUCGACUGAAGCUUUCAUCGCAGCGCUCCACCGAUUUGUAGGUCGAAGAGGGGUUCCAGAGACCAUACAUAGUGACCACGGAACAAACUUUGUUGGGGCAAGGCACGAAUUGCAUCAGCUCUAUAGUUUAUUCAAGGACCAGCAAACGGAACGCCAGGUUUAUGAGUUUUGCCAGUCUCGUGAAAUCUCUUGGAAAAUGAUUCCUCCAAACGCUCCCCAUAUGGGUGGAAUUUGGGAAGCUGGAGUAAAAAGCGUAAAAUCAGUUCUCAAAAAGGUGACAAAGGGUGCAUUACUCAAUUUCGUCGAGUUCCAGACCCUCCUCAUCCGCAUUGAAGCGUUACUUAAUUCAAGACCAUUGUAUGCAAACCCUGAAGAUCCAAGUGAACCUGAAGCAUUGACACCAGGCCAUUUCGUAGCUGAUCGACCACUUCUUGCGAUUCCUGAACCAACGUACGACUCUAUUCCCGAGAACCGACUCUCAAGAUGGCAAUAUGUUCAAGUACUCCGAAACAAUUUUUGGAAACGAUGGACUCGUGAAUAUCUAAUGGAAUUGCAAGCCCGGUCAAAAUGGACUCAGAGGAAGCCUAAUGUUCGUCCUGGAAUGGUCGUAAUGAUUAAGGAUGAAAAUUUGCCACCACAAUCUUGGAAGUUGGGAAUCAUCGAGAAGGUUUAUCCCGGAACCGACGGCUGUAUCCGUGUUGUGGAUUUACGAACCAAGAGUGGCCAUCUUCAACGACCAAUUCACAAGCUAGCCCCUCUUCCUAUACUUGACAAUGCGGUCGACAACACGAAUCUUCCCCGGCGGGAGGAUGUUCAAGCCAUAUCAGUUCAUGCUUGA